AUGGUGAUCGGCGGAAUGAAUGUUGGUUGUGUCGCAUCAUACUUCGGGGGCAAGAAUAUCCUCAUCACCGGAUCAACUGGGUUCCUUGGAAAAGUGCUCGUGGAGAAGAUACUGAGGGUUCAGCCUGGUGUGAGAAAGCUCUUCCUCUUGGUUCGAGCUACCAAUGACGAAUCCGCAAGACACCGAAUCCAGACCGAGAAAAACGGUGGCGAGGGUGGCUCCACGUUCACGCAAUUUCACGGAGGCGAGGAUAGUACUGGGCCAUGCUCGAGAUACAUCAUCACGAGAUACAUCAUCCGAUGGAAAUCCUCUUCGGUCGGCACCGGCUCGACGAGGAAGGGCGGGGACUGCUUCUAUUCAGUUUAG